AUGGCCUCCUGCCCCCGUGCCUCGCUGUCCCGAACACUCAGGCACUGUCCCUGAGAGACCCCCUCUGUCCAGUCACUCCCUCCCUCAUUCAUCCAUUCAUUCCUCAGGUACCUGACUUCCAGCCACAGGGACCAUGCAGGCCCUGGGGACAUGGAAGGGGGCCAUUCAGACCCAGUCCCUGCCCUUGACUCACACCUUUACCUCUUCCCGGCCUCCUCCAGCCUCCCUCUCUUUCUUUCUGGGAGCAAAGUAAUCUGAGGCUUUGUGCUCCUGUGAGGCAGGAGCCGGGUGCAGGCUGUCGUUGAUAUACCCUUUUUGGAGGUCAAUGUGACAGAAUCUAUUCUCUAUUUUAAAGGUACAUGGACUUUGUUCAAACUAUUCCACUUCUAGAGUUGAUCCUAAACACAUACCCACCCCAGUGGGUAAAGAUGUGUAUUCGAGAAUGUUCAUUGCAGCAUUAUUUAUAAUUGUGAAAUAUUGAAAAUGACGCAUAUUCAGUAUUCAGUAGGAGUCAGGCUCAAUCACGUAUGCGACAGAACACUGUAGGCACAAUGAGGUGAAUCUAUAUACAUGAAAUUGGUGGAAAAAAGUCUAUAGAGGAUGGUCCUAUUGAUUUUUCUUUUGAAAGUGAACAUGUAGACUGUUAAGUGUCUCUCUAACAAUUGGAAGUGGGGAGGGAGAAAGGGGGGUAGACUGUUACCCGAAGUCACCCCUUCUUCACGAGGCCGUCUCACAGAGGCAUCAGAGCUGCCCUGGCUCUGCUGAGCUUGGGCUGGGGUCCUCAUGAUGGGCUGUGAGUAGCAGACGGACUGGGUGGGGGGGCUCUGACUAACCUGUCACUUCUCCCCACAUAAGCCAAGGUGUGUCGCAUGAGGCGUCCCCGGGGUCCUGAAGCUCAGGUGGCUGCAAAUCAAACUGGGCUGUGUCUGCACUGAGCAGCCUCUUGCAUCUCCCAGCAGGCCACCCUGUGCCGAGCGCCCAGGACAGGCUCAUGGAACGGCUCGCCCUCCUGUGCGCCACACAGUCCAGAGCCCCUUCCUCUGCCGGGAAGGUGCCUGCUGACAUGCCCCAGGGCACCAAGCAGCAGGAGGCUGGAAGCAGAUGUGCUUCAGUGGGGCCGGGCCCCGUGCUGGCUGCGGGCAGGCGGCUAAGGAGCCCCGCAGAGCCUCCCACCGUCUUCAUCGAUCUGCGGCCAGCAGAGCCAGCGGACCUGGGGUCAUCGGAAAGGUGCCGGCGGCCCGACAGCCCAGGGGCCAGCCUGCUGCUCUGCAGCCGCUGCGCCGGCCUGAGGGGAGCAGGGGCUUGGCAGGCGGGACCACGUGGUGGGGGCCAACCCUGGGAGCUCUGCCCAGCUGACCAACAAUGCCCCUGGGAGGGCAGGGACCAGGCAGGGGCCCUGGCUCUUCCUCAGGGGCCGGGGAAGAGCGCUACGGGCAGUCUGGGCGGUGUGGGCUGGGGCACAUGCCCUGGGGCGUGUCCCUCUGCUACUUGGCACGAAGCCCAGCGGCCUUUGGUGUCAGUUGGCUGGGCUUUGGCUGGCCUGCUCUCCCCCCGGGCUGGGUCACUGGGGCAGCCAGCGUGCUCCAAGGCCCUGGUGGGAGCUGGGCCUGGCCAGGGUAGACUGGGGCACACCCAGCAAACCCACGUGUCCUCUCCUGCAGCUCCAGCUCCUCUGAAGAGGAGAGAGAGCCUCUCAGGGACCAGGCAUCUCAUUCCUCCCAGGGGCUACGGUAACCACAAGGGGCCUGCCUGCUUGGGAAUGUCCCAUCCCUGCGCCCUGCAAUGA